AUGCCUGCUGACUACAAUGGCACCUGGGUCAUGGAGGUCAAUGACAACUUUGAUGGGUACAUGAAGGCUUUAGACAUUGACUUGGCUACCCGGAAGAUCGCUGCUCAUCUGACUCAGACCAAAGAAGUUAUUCAGAAUGGAAAUGAGUUUAAGAUAAAGACCCUCAACAUAUUCAUGACUUAUAACCUCGACUUCACUGUUGGGGUCGAAUUUGAGGAGAAGACUAAAGGCCUGGAUAAUCGGGUGGUGCAGACCUUGGUGUCCUGGGAUGGGGAUAAACUUGUCUGCAUCCAGAAGGGAGAGAAGAAGAACCGUGGCUGGACACAUUGGAUCGAGGGAGGAAAACUUUACUUGGACCUAACAUGUGAAGAUCAAGUCUGCCAUCAGGUCUUCAAGAAGAAGAACUAA